CCUGCUAAAAUGGAGCUGCGCCUGCAUUCGCCAGCCGGAGCAGAACCGAUCGUCUAUCAAUGGCCCCUUACCUCCGGAUCCGGAUCUGAUCGACACGAUGGUGCACUUGAUGUUGUCGAAACAAUGCGGUGGGUUUGUGAGGAUUUGCCAGAUUUGAAGCUACCAUUGGAGAACAAUAUUUUGUGUGAUUAUGACACUAGAAAUUAUGAAAGUAUGAAAAAUUUAUGCGACAGAUUCAAUAGAGCAAUCGAUAGUUUAGUUCAAUUGGAAAAAGGUACUAGUUUACCAUCUCAGAGGCUGAAUAAGAGACCUAGUAGAGGUUUAUUAAGGCAUAUACUUCAACAGACAUAUAAUCAAGCAGUGGUGGAACCUGAUAAAUUAAAUCAGUAUGAACCCUUUUCACCAGAAGUGUACGGCGAAACAAGUUAUGAGCUAGUAUGUCAAAUGAUCGAUCAGAUUGAUGUAACAGAUGAUGAUGUAUUUGUUGAUUUGGGAUCUGGAGUUGGUCAGGUGGUUCUUCAAAUGGCAGCAGCAACUUUGUGCAAAAUUUGCGUUGGCGUUGAGAGAGCUGAUGUACCUUCGAGAUAUGCACAGAGUAUGGAAGUAAACUUUCGUAAAUGGUUGAAUUGGUAUGGAAAAAGAUGCGGCGAAUAUCGUUUGGUAAAAGGCGAUUUUUUAGCUGACGAACAUCGUGAAAGCAUUACUGGAGCUACAAUAGUAUUUGUCAAUAAUUUUGCAUUCGGUCCGACGGUGGAUCAUCAGCUGAAAGAGCGGUUUGCCGACUUGAGAGACGGUGCACGUAUUGUUUCGUCAAAAUCAUUUUGUCCCCUCAACUUUCGUAUAACGGAUAGAAAUCUUAGCGAUAUUGGUACAAUAAUGCACGUCUCAGAAAUGUCGCCGCUAAAGGGUUCUGUAUCUUGGACUGGUAAACCAGUGUCUUAUUAUUUACACGUAAUUGAUCGUACCAAGUUAGAACGUUAUUUCCACCGUUUAAAAAAUAAUAAACAAGGUGGCGAUGAAAACUCUGAUUCUGUGAUAAAUAACACUGCCAGCAAUAGUAAUAAGAUAACAAAUAGGAACGAGAGAGGUGAUAGAGCUAAACGAGAUCUGUCGAGGCAGUUAGAUAGUCCAAACCAUUCUGAACAACAAGGAACGAAUAGUGAUUCAGAUUUAGAUGAGAAUAAUAUUAAAAAUCGUCGGCAACCAAAUAAAAUUCGUAGGAAGUUAAAUAGGAAAACGAAUGGUAUUACGAGGCCUCCGACUAGAGGCAGACAGAGGGGAAGAGGUGUGAAGAAAUCUAAGCCGAAGAAAGCGAUUAAUAUUUCUGGUUUAGAUUUGUUGCAUAGUCAAACGUUACUUAGCACAUCUCCUCAAGCUUUGGGAAAGAAACCUCCACCCGCGCCUGGUUGUGUGGAUCAACAGCUGUCUUCGUUGUCACUUUCUUUACAAUCACAUUCCACCUCUGUGCAUGAAGAACUUAGUAUACCACCUGCUCCGUCCGCUACUCCAUAUGCUUUACAAAUACUUUUGGACUUGUAUAGGGACCAAUUCAUGCUCAUGUUAGAAUCAAUGAGAACUCCUUCGUAUAGAGUAUCAGUCAAUACGGAUAUUGCAAAAGAAAGAGAAAGAAAUUCCAAAUUACAAUCAAGAGCGGCUCAAUUAGAGAAACAAAUAAAGGUACUAAUUGAUGAUAGCGUAGCGCUUUUAAAGGCACGAAUGACCGAGUUAGGUAUAAAUGCAACAUCGCCGGGUGAUUUACUUGCGAAAGCUAAGGAAAUAGUUCUUAGACAUAAACAGUUGCAAGCUAAAGCAAGUAAGCUACAGGCACAAGUUGCGUCUAUGGAAAGUGAACAGUCGAGAUUGACUGCGAUUAGGCACCAGGAACUACAAGAGAAAUAUACCAGUCUUACAAAUACAAACGGUAUAUCGAAUCCACCGCAACCGCUUACUCAAGAUUACAUCUUGAAAGAAAUCUCCGCGACGUUGUCUCAACGCAAAAGAUUGCAUUGUCAAGUAUCCAAAUUGGAACAUGAACUGAAUGUAUUAGAAAGAGCGAGCAACGAGAAACAAGUUGCUGCAAUUGCUCAACAACAACGAGAAGCGGCGAACACGAAACAUUCGCAAAAUCAACACCAUCAUCAGCAACAAAACGGCAAGAGCGGUUCGUCGCGGAAAAAUAGAGAGGGUCGCUCUAGAUCGCAAGAGUGGCCCGAUGUUCCCGAUAUCGGAAAAAUACAGGAAAACAAUCCAGAAAUAUUGGCACAAAAGAUUUUAGAAACAGGAAGGCAAAUAGAAGCUGGUCGAAUACUGAACAGACAGAACACUAACGCUAGUAACAAUUCGAGAACUAGACUGCCUCAAGCUUCUCUCAGUUUUUCUACCACCCCGUCGUCCAUCUCAUCUUCACAAUUGCAAGCAAAUAAUAAAGAAACAAGUAGAACUCAGGAACCUCCUAGAGUUGCAAAUUUUGAAGAUAGGUUAAAGAGUAUUAUUACAAGCGUGUUGAACGAGGAUCAACAAAAUAGAAAUAAGCAACAACAAAUGCAGCUACAGGUGCAAUUACAAAAUCAGACUGAAUCAGAUAGGAAGCGUAUCGCAUUGCCACAGAAUGUUUCUACUCCUGAUUAUACACAGGUUUCGCCUGCAAAAUUAGCACUUCGCCGUCACCUUUCUCAAGAACGUCUUUCUUCUCACUUAACGCCGUCUGAUAGGUCAACAAUCGACUCCAGGCAGUCGAGUCACGACAAUCGUAUUGUAACAGGGGGAAACGGAUUGCUUGGUACUAGAACAAUUGGUGAUUUGGUCAGUGGUGAAAUAGAGAGGACACUAGAAAUAUCUAAUCAAUCUAUAAUAAAUGCAGCUGUUGAUAUGAGCGCAAUGAUAAGGCCGGAGACUGUGUAUUCUCCCAUUAGUAGACCAGCUAGCGCGGAGGGUGAUGCUGGUUUAUCGACUCUCGCGCAUGUUGCGAGUUACGCUCCAACUUCCUCAGCAGUUUCGACGUGUACUCCUACUACUACUUCAAGAUCAUCCGUAUUGUUCACUCCGGUUACACAACCACAAAGAUACACACCAGUUCAAUUACCUCGCGCAGACAUCAAGCCUUAUCAUGAGUCGUAUUUCUCCGACAAUCCUCAGUCGCUUGCGCAAGCUCAUCCUCCACCGUCGUUGCAUUCAUCACAAGCUGUAUCGAACGGCGAACUUUUACCAGUAGAAGGAUUAGCUGCAUCUUUACAUGCCCGUAUAUUAAAUAAUCACAAUACGAAAACCGAGCCAAUGCUUUCUACAAGUAGAAGAUUUCAACCGUAUCCUCGGUAUGCAACCAGCAGUAACAGUAAUGGCAGUACAACGGCAAAUGGUAUCGUAACAGCCAUUUGCCAAUCACAACCUUCAGUGUCAGUAAAGACAGAAGCAGUUGUAUCGUCAGUAAGCACAAGCGGAGCACCGUUAAGUCCUCUUGUAGAACCGCAUUCAAAUACGUCUACACCAUUAGUUGACGAACCCCAAAUGACAACGCAGAGACAACGAAACGGUAUCGGUGACGACGAUGGCGAGGCGGAUUGGCAAGAUCGUAUCAGUUCUGGAUUCGAUAGACUGGUUGCAUUUGCAUCUACGGAACUAGACAAACGAAGAAGAUCAACAGAGGGAGUGAACACGAGUCCUGAUAGUGGAUUAGGAUCAGAUAGUACCGUAACGGGUCCUCCACCGGUGAUCCCUUCACCCGACGAAGCGCUAGGACCUCCACGUACACCUUCACCAACCAGUCCUCGUCCACCAAAUCCUUCCAACAGUAGUACAGGAAGCACAUCCUCAGUGCCUCUAAAAUAUCAACGUCAAUCAGAUCCGGAACGACAUCAUUUUAAGAAGAAAUUUUUUCAUAGAGACUGGAACAAUUCUGGAAGUACCAGUAAGUUUCGUCCAAAAGGGAAGGAUUGGGAUUGGAAUCAUUCUGGACAAUGGCCUUCAAAUGACGAACAAUCUUAAUUUAAUUUUUUUAUGCACAGCAUCUUCAAAUGACUAUAUCAAGCUUCUAAUGAAUUCUCUUAUGGUUGUUAGGUUUGCAGAAAUAACAAAAAAUGUCGUCUAUUUUUUUUUCUUUUAUUUUUAGUUAUGGAUAUAUCGUUUCUUCUCUUGAAAGAAAUGUUAUUUCGUUAUGUAGUGUGGUGUUAAAUUAAUUCUUAAUCAUCGAGAGGAGUACAACGUUGCAGUACAUUGCACGCUUCUAGCUCGAGUAUAGUUUCUUUUAUUAUUCGUUUCACAUUAAACGAAGCAAUUUUGUCUGACUAUUAAACAAACUGUCGAGCCCUGUCGUUUUGUUUCAUCGUAUUUCGUUAGUAGAAAAUUAUAUUUAUUUGACACACGAUCAGUGCGAGGCUAUAUAUAGUACGAAAUCAAGUUUAUAUUUCAUUCGUAAAACAAAUCUAAUUAAUAUUUAACCGUGUACAGGCGUAUAUUGAAAAGUGAAGGUUGGAAAAAACACACUGUUAUACAUUACUCACCGAUAAGCAUUUUAACUUAAUAUUAAUUAGUAACUACACUUUUUGGUGAACAAAUUUAGGAAAUAAUCAUUAUCAAUUUGAUAUGUGACACGGUGAGAAUGUGUUUGCCUUCAUAAAUAUAUGCUGAUACCAUAGAGAUUAUAUUCCUCGAAAGGGAUAGAAGUAAACGAUUUGUAACCGGCACGUCUAUAAUAAUUAUGGUACAUAUCUGUUACAUGUUAAAUGUAAUAGAGAAAGAAAACAAAGUGCUGUGUAAAGGAUGUAUCAUGUAUUAUGGAUGUUGCGGGUAAAACGUUUAGCUGAUAAACAAAAAAAAAAAAAAGAAAAAAAGAAAAAGUGAAAAAGAAGCUACCAAAACCUACGUGUGUUCGUAGCAAAUAUCCGCUGCAAAUUUUAUACGCGGCUCCAUGUAUCUUCCGAUUGUUUCUGGAAGAUACAUAUCGAAGUGUUCACUGUUGCUCAUGAAUUGUAUGACGACAGACAGCGAAAAAAUAGUCAUUUCACUAACUGGAAGUUAAAUUUAAUUCAUCCUCUUAUUUUUGUUUUGUCUUUCUCUUUUUUCGUUGGCACAAAUUUACUCACGAAGAUUUGUAAGAUUGUGCAGAAUAUCCAAAGAAUAAUAAUCCUCUCUCUGCGAGUGUUGAAUAGGAAAUUUUCCAGCAAUUUGAUCGGAUUUAACAAAUGUCGCUGGUGAAUUCGAAAUGAUUUGUAAAUAGAUAGAACGCGACUUAACGAAACGGUGCGCGUUUACAAUGUAUAAAAAAAAAAAAUCGAUUCCUUUUUUUAGUCAUUGUGUCGUAUAUAGAAAGUUGUAAAGAGAAAAAAAAGCCGAGCAAAAUGUCGUGAGUUAAUUCUGUAAAAAGGACGAGGAAAGAACGAAAAAAGAAAUCAAACGCUCGCCGUAUAAUUAUUGUAAUUAAUUGUCGAAUUAUUUAAUAAUCCCCUUAUACAUUAAAUACAUAUAAUGAAUAACGAUAUGUAGGCAUUCGCCAAGUUUAGCGUGUUUACAUACACUGCCGAAUCUUCUAUUAAUUUUAUUAUUGAUCAUAAUUAUUAUUUAUUGUUUUUAUUGAAAUAUUUUAAUACUAAGGUUUUUUGUAACAAGCAUAUUAUCUCAUUCAUUCCUACCUUCCAUUUGCGAUCAUUUUUAUUCAUCUCGAUUAGAAAAUCAUGAUAAUUAAUAUUGUACCCGUUACCAUAUUUCUCAAUUUCUUCAACGAGGGAAUUUAGGAAAGGAACAGAGUAUAGAAUGGUAGAUACGUUUUUCUAAGCGUGAAAGAGAAAUUUUAUUAAUCAUGUUGCCCGAUUGUGUUAAUCGUUGUCUAUGCAAUACUUCUUUUGUAAACGAUAGCUAAAGGAACGCUAGCACUUUUAUAGUAAUCAUUCGUUCAUUUGUUGCGUGAGCGAAUAAUGGUUGAGAUAUAUACAAUAAAAGAAAAAUGAUCGUAACACGAUUUUAUAGGGUCGACAAGCAGAUGUAAACAGUAUCUCUGUAGAUAUAAUGCAACAAAGUACAAAGUUCUACCUGAACAGAUUAUAUUUCAUACCAGUAUCUGUUUUGUACAUCGAGUAAUCAAUAAUGCAUUAAAAUAUACCACAUUUUUAUCUUAA